AUGCCAGCGGAAACCGCUGAGGGCGUCGAGUCACGCGACCGUACGUCUGAGGCCUCGACAUCCAAUGGUGUUGACCCAGGUUUCGCCCCCAGCAAUACCCCCGUGAUCACACCGAAAUCUAAACGUGUAUCACCGACUAGCUUAAAGCCUGGGGCAAUCGAGGACGUCAACAUACUUCAGAACGGAGUCAUCCUUGUGGAUAAGCCUCUUGGUUGGACGAGUUUUGACGUCUGCGCCAAGAUUCGCAACCUGCUCAAGUUCAUAGGCGUCAAAAAGGUCGGUCACGCCGGGACACUAGACCCCCACGCUACUGGACUACUGAUCGUGUGCACGGGCCGCGGCACCAAGUUCUGUGACGAUUUCAUGGCACAGGACAAGGAAUACUCAGGCACGAUGCGGCUGGGAGAGGGUACGGCGUCGUACGACGCCGAGUGCGAGGUCACGGAGCGGUUACCUUGGGAGCACGUGACAGGCAAGUUAAAGAUGAAGCAGUGGCUGAAGAAGCCCCGAUGGAGGAUUGCGGGGUAG